CCCCUCACAUGUGUCAACCAAGGAGCUUCUUCAGUUACCGUCCGCCAACGCACACACAUUAGUCAGCCCGGUUAUUUUUAGUCAACAUAAGCACGCCGCCACCAUCCCACCGCCAGCGCCACCAACAUUCUGUGAAAUGCUGGGAGUGGCCAAGGCCGUUCCCCUCCCGUUUCCCCCCCCCCCCGGCGCACCGUCGCAGACGUCAGGGGACACAUCCACACCGCGGGUCUCUCGUCGCAUUUUUCCCCCCGCUCUCGCGCCACGUUGACACAAUGGACGAUGGUCCACUGCAGGUUCUGACCUUACCCACCGCUCCGUACCCGGACCAGAAACCGGGCACCAGCGGCCUGAGGAGGAGGGUGCUCGUCUUCCAGUCCAAGAGGAACUACCUUGAGAACUUUGUCCAGAGCGUAUACUCCUCCAUCGAUCUGCGGGACCGGCAGGGGUCCACGAUGGUCGUUGGGGGAGAUGGGAGGUACUUCAAUCAGACGGCCAUUGAGGUCAUUGUUCAGAUGGCAGCUGCCAAUGGGGUGGGCCGCCUUGUGAUUGGUCAUCACGGGAUCAUGUCCACGCCAGCGGUUUCCUGUUUGAUCAGGAAGUACAAAGCCAUCGGCGGUAUCAUCCUCACCGCCAGUCACAGCCCCGGGGGGCCCGACGGAGACUUCGGCAUCAAGUUUAACACUGCUAAUGGAGGACCGGCCCAGGAGGCGGUCACCAACAGAAUCUUUCAGAUCAGUAGAACAAUAGAGGAGUUUGCCAUCUGCCCAGAGCUCCGAGUGGACCUGGACACCCUGGGAAGACAGAUGUUUGACCUGGAGAACAAGUUCAAACCCUUCACAGUGGAGAUAGUGGACUCGGUGGAGUGUUACGCCAACAUGCUAAGGAACAUCUUUGACUUUGCUGCUCUGAAGGAGCUGCUGUCUGGGGAGAACCACAUCAAGAUCCGGCUAGACGCCAUGCAUGGAGUGCUGGGACCCUAUGUUAAGAGGAUACUGUGUGAGGAGCUGGGCUCCCCUGCUAACUCCGCCAUUAACUGUGUCCCCCUGGAGGACUUUGGGGGCCAGAACCCUGACCCUAAUUUCAACUACGCCGCGGACCUGGUGGAAACGAUGAAGAGUGGCCAGUAUGAUUUAGGCGCAGCCUUCGAUGGCGAUGGGGACCGUAACAUGAUCCUGGGUAAGCACGGUUUUUUCGUAAACCCGUCGGACUCUGUUGCGGUCAUCGCAGCCAACGUCUUCAGCAUCCCCUACUUCCAGCACAACGGGGUGAGGGGCUUCGGCCGCAGCAUGCCCACCAGUGCUGCUCUGGACAAUGUGGCCAGGGUGACGAAGAUUGAACUGUACGAGACACCGACCGGGUGGAAGUUCUUUAGCAACCUUAUGGACGCGGGCAGGCUGUCGCUGUGCGGAGAAGAGGGUUUUGGCACAGGGGCUGACCACAUCCGCGAGAAGGAUGGACUUUGGGCCGUGCUGGCAUGGCUGACUAUUCUGGCAGCAAGGAAGCAAAGUGUGGAGGGCAUCAUGAAGGACCACUGGCAGAGGUUUGGCAGGAACUUCUUUACCAGGUAUGACUAUGAGGAAGUAGACCUGGAUGUAGCCGUUGAGAUGAUGGAAGAUCUGGAGCUGAUGAUGCUGGAGAAAGCCUUCGUAGGCCAGAGGUUUGCAGUCGGCGAGCAGGUCUACCAGGUGGAGAGGGCCGACAACUUUGAAUACACCGACCCUGUGGAUGGCUGCAUCUACAGAAACCAGGGCCUGAGGAUAACAUUCACCGAUGGAUCUCGGAUUAUCUACAGGCUCAGUGGGACAGAAAGCCUCGGGGCCACCAUUCGGGUGUACAUCGACAGCUAUGAGAAAGACCCCAGCAAAAUGUUCCAGGACCCACAGGUGAUGCUGGCGCCCUUGGUUACCAUAGCCCUGAAGAUCUCCCGGCUCCAUGAGAGGACAGGCCACAGUGGCCCGUCGAUCAUCACAUGAUCCACCGUUAUCGCCCCUCCUCAUAUUAAAUGUGCCGACUUUGUAUUCCAAAUUUUACCUCUACUCCAAUGGCUGUUCCACUUUUAAUCAGAGGAAAACUGAUUUUUCUAGUUUAGUAGCCCUAAUUUACAUUACAUUACAAGCCCACCCAAUAAUCACUGCAACUGUAGACGUGUACAUUUCAAAAUGGAGAAAGAGUGAACUCUACCAUAAAUAAAACAUGUUUAGCUCUGUA